AAUGAUACCCCUCAGGAUCUAGCGCCUCCCGCAUCACAUUCAUUUUCGUAUUCACAUGUUCACAGGUUUCGUUGAUUGUAGAACAAUAGCUACAUACGGGUCAACUGCACAGUGUAGUUCACAACAUGGUAUCACCGAACGAAUUGAUUCUUCCAGGUGACAAGGUUGACAUACCUGUAACCGACCAUUCAAAGUGCGUUUUAGGACCCGGUCUCCAUAAGCAAGACGACAGUAUUAUCUCGACGAAAGCCGGCAUUCUCAGGUCCAGGAACAAGAAUACAUACUGGGUUGAAGCGCACCAAAAGAGAUACGUGCCUGCAAAAGGGGACUGCGUUAUUGGCAUUGUGACCGCGAAAGCAGGCGAUAACUUCAGAGUCAAUAUUGGAUCUAGCGAACAGGGUUCGCUUUCCGUAUUUGCUUUCGAAGGAGCCACCAAAAGAAGCAGGCCUGAUGUGCAGGUGGGAGACCUUGUGUUCACACAGGUUUUGUCAUCCUGUCGAGACAUGGAGCCGGAAUUAGUAUGUGUAAACAGCUAUGGCAGGAAGGGCAUGUUGGGAGUCCUGCGGAGUCCCACGUCGUUUUGGAUGCGUGUGCCCAUAGACCUUGUGAACAGGCUCCUCUCGAAAGACUGCCCAUUGCUGAGAUCUCUUGGACAACACAUCCCCUUUGAAAUUAGCCUGGGGCAGAACGGACGAGUUUGGGUGAAUGCUAACACCCUUGCCAACACACUCGCUGUGUGUGAUGCAAUCUCCUCAGCAGAAAAUCUCACCAUGGAGCAGAUUAAAAGAAGAUGGGAACAGUCAUCUAAAGGCUAGCAUUAAAAUAAAUGUUUAUGACUUGUAACACAGUGCUGCAGUUUAACAUUGAAGUCAAAACCAUUCUCUCUUGA